AUGGUUAAGGCCUGGUUUAUGGAUAAUGAUCCAACAGAUCAACGCUUAGAACAUCACAAGAACCCACCAGAAUUCAUUUCUGUAGAUGAAUUGUACCAAAAAACCGGUGUGGAGUAUUUUAAUAUAAAUGUUAACAGUUACCAAACAGAUGGAGUGUUAGACAAGAUCAAGGAAGAGCGUGGAUAUAGCUAUGAAGAUGAGAUAACAUGCUCUAAGGAGUGUAUUCCAAAUUUUGAGGAGAAGCUGAAGGCAUUUUUCAUGGAACAUUUACAUACAGAUGAAGAAAUUAGGUUUGUUGUGGAGGGUUCAGGGUACUUUGAUGUGCGCGACGGUAGUGAUCAAUGGAUACGCAUUGCAGUCUCGGCUGGUGACAUGAUCAUCAUACCCAGUGGAAUCUACCACCGUUUUACACUGGAUACUAAUAACUUCAUUAGAGCUAAGCGCUUUUUUGUGGGAGAACCUGUCUGGCUGCCUUACAACCGACCAGCUGAUGACAUGCCCUGCCGAAAAGAGUAUGUGGAGAAGCUGCAGAAGGGCUUUGUCACAGCUGCA